AUGUCAGACUCAGAAGAGUGCCAGGCGGGUGCGGAAGGCAUGGAUCAAGUAGUGGAUGAGUCCCCCCUGGAGAGUGAGAGGAAGACAGAGAGAAGCUCAGUCGAGGAGGAGGAGGAGGCGGCGCGGGAGCGGCGCCGGCGCGAGCGGGAGAAGCAGCUGAGGUCCCAGGCCGAGGAGGGCCUGAACGACGCCAGCUCCUGCUCGGAGAGCGACCUGCCGCCACAGGAAAACCACUAUGACUUUAAGCCCUCCGAACCAUCGGAGCUGGAGGAGGAUGAGGGCUUCAGUGACUGGUCCCAGAAACUCGAGCAGCGCAAGCAGAGGUCUCCACGACAGUCGUAUGAAGAAGAGGACAGUGGUGUGAGGGAAGCUGAAGUCAAACUGGAGCAGAUCCAGCUGCAUCAGGAAAGCCUGGAGGACAUCCAGGAGGAGAAUGUGGUGGUGAGGGAGGAGAAGAGGCUGUGCCAUGAGGAAGAUGAUGUCCGGGAGCAACAGUCGGAGGAGGAGAGAGCUUUGCAGGAGGAAAAGAAGAGAAGGAGAAAUGAAGAGGAGGAAGUACCAGACAAACGCCAGAAAUCUCCAAGUCCUGUCAGCCUGGAGGAUGAGGAGCUGUGCUCUGACCACACUGCUGUGUGCUCCACCAAGGUGCGUGUUCCCAGUUCCAACCGCUCAAUAAAGAAAAGUAACAGCAUAAAGAAGAGCCAGCCUCCGCUGCCUGUAUCGAAGAUAGAUGAUAGACUGGAGCAAUACACACAGGCCAUUGAGACAUCCACAAAGGCUCCAAAACCCACCCGUCAACCAUCCCUUGACAUUCCCACCACAAGCAUGGUGGUAGCCAGCACAAAAAGCCUCUGGGAGACUGGGGAGGUUGCAGCUCAGUCCUCCGUGAAGUCACCAACUUGUAAGGAUAUUGUGGCUGGAGACAUCGUGAGCAAAAGAAGCCUUUGGGAACAGAAGGGCAAUCCCAAACCUGAGACCAAUAUCAAGUCCACUCCUUCUGGGAAAAAGUAUAAAUUUGUUGCAACAGGCCACGGCCAGUACAAGAAAGUGCUGAUAGACGAUGCAACAGAGCAAUAACGUGCCUGGAGAACCCAUUAGCCAGCUGAGCUUGGUCCUGGCUCAAUGCAACCCUCAAUGCCAAUAUUUCCUCCGCUCCAAGGAAGAUACUUAAAGGAUGUUUUUCUUCUCUUGCCUGAAGUCAGUCUGGUCCAGUACAGCCCAAAUCUCCUCUCUAGGUGUG